AUGAACAAGUUCAGCAUGGGCGACUCGCUCAACAUCCAAAACAUGCUCGAGACGGGCUACUUUACCACGUCCAGAGCCCGCAGCACUGGCCCCCCAGACACCUCCUCUCGAUCUGCCGCACCGUCACCUUAUGCACCCCCAGAACCCAUUCCUCCACCUGUGCCCGCACACGGUCAAGUUCCCAGAACUGUAUACCUUGCGCCUGCGCCAGAGCCAAGAAGAUGCCGCCCACCACCACCUACCGUUGAAGACGAAAUCAAGUCUCUUGCUAGGGAGCAUGGCUCGCCUGCAGCGUCCGUGGUUGCUGAGGAAGAGCCACAGUGCAGAGGUCAUGUUGACCAGAAGUAUGUCAUGGAGGAUGUUCAUGAAUAUAACCCCGAGAGGCGUUUCAUAUUUGUUCCAGACUCUGCAAAAAGGUCAACCUCAACCACAACCGAUAAGUCCAAGACGGAAACCCGAGACGAUACACGGGAACUGAGGGUACCUACGUCCUCUCGACGAUCCCCAAGGCCAGAAGAUGAUCGCCGUGGGCGAAAGGAGAUGUCCAGUACAUCACGAUAUGGACCCGACCGUAGGAAAAGCCAACAAGAUCUGCCGGCUAUUGAUACCGAACUGGAUGGCCGACAUUACUCUGACCAUCAUCGAACCCGAUCAGCGGCUACCGGUCAUAAGCCGGAUUGUUUUGAUCCUCGCCAGUCCCGUCGCUAUGGUGACUACUUCCUAUCACCAGAUCCCAUUCAACCUGGUCCAAAAGGACGCGGGAAAACACAUUGUGACACGAGCCAAUCCGCCGGGGGAUACCGUUCACGUUCGCCGUCGAGUUCAAGUCACAGGUUCGAGACAAGCCGCGGUUCGGACCGCGAUUACUAUGGAAGAGAUUGUGCACCACCAUCAUUGUCCACAAGGCGGUCCAAUACCGAUCUGGACAGCAGUCGGUCGAGAAUGAGAGCGACCAAUGAUGUUGAUCCUGUAUACCGGGACGAGUAUUCGUACACCAACAGUGACAAUCAAGAUGCUUCCUCCUACAGCCGCUUGGACAACUCCGGCCUCAGACUUUCUCCUCGCCACUCCAGAGAGCCCAGUCGUUCUGGAGACGAAUUUUCUCGAAGUCCUCGCAGCUCCAGUUACCUGUCCUCCAAACCAGUAGUAGUUCAGGAAGAAAAGCCACCUCCCCGACAAGAUCGCAAAGACGACGCUGGACAUGUGCGGGCCUCCACUCGAACGCCCACCUUUCCGCUCAUGGGCCAUCCCGCGGUCGGACAGAUGACGAAUAAUGCCCCGAAAACGGCGUCCACAGAACCAACAAUCAUGGCGGCCCGGACCACCGCCGACAUGCCAAGAGGCUCCAACACUCAGCUCCCAUACCCAGAAGAUGAUGCUCCGCCUGACGUUGGCCUUGACAUACAAGACCGCAGACCGGACACAAGGCACCAAAAGUUCGCCGAUUCUGGGUCUGUGUCCAUGCCGGAGCCGUCGUCAACCGUCGCAACUACCCCAGGACGCUCCUUUGACUCCAACUAUGACCCUCCAAUGACACCAUCCACAGCCGCAGCGACGCCGCAGGCCUGGCAACCACCCGUUUUCAAUCCAGAGAAGGAGGGCGUUGGGGCUGAAAGGCCUAUUGGCGCUUACAGGCGAUAUUCCGAAAGCCACGGGAACGACGGAAGCGACAAUCUGCCCGCAUGUCCACGCCAGAAACCUGUUGUAGGCAAAGUAGAUUGGCUCACCCUUCCCCAUACCAACUUCAACAUAUGCCCUACCUGCUACGACUCGGUCUUUUCUACAACAGAGUACCGAACAUUUUUCAAGCCGAUGCUCCGUCCGCUUGAUGAACCAAUUUCAUGCGACUUCGGGGUCUCACCCUGGUAUAGAAUAGCAUGGUUGCUGACUGUCAAGGACGAAAUUCCAGACCUGCGGCUCUUGCGGCAACUUGCCACCAUUAAUUCUGCUCCAAACCUAGAGCCAUGCCCUGGUACCAAAAAGGCGAUCCGGACCUGGCUUACUGUCAAAGAUCCUCAUACACGACAGCCAGUAACUGACUUCUCUGUCUGUUACCAAUGCGCCAGAUCAGUUGAGCUGCUGCUACCAAAUCUGACUGGCGUCUUUGUGCCAAUUGACGCAAGACCAAAGCAAGAUGUCUGCUCUCUACACUUUGUGCCCGAGCGAAAGCAGUUUGUGCUACUUUUUGAUGCCUUGGAAACCACUUCCGACAGGGCCCUUGAGGCCAAGCAGGCGCCGAACGUGGAUGAUUUGGCGCGAGAUCUAUGGCACUUGACUGUGGGUUUCAAGUGCCGCGAGGACAGUCCGGUAAUCGACGGAUAUUGGCAUACAAUGCAGUUUCUACCUCAGUUCACAGUAUGCAGCAACUGCUUCCACGAAGUUGUGAAAUCAAAACUGGCAGACGGAAACGUCAUUGCACGGAACUUUUAUAUGAAGCCUCAAAGGCUCCCUUCGGCUACAUGCCAACUUUACUCAACUCGAAUGAGGGACAUCUUCAAACGGUCUUGCCGCAGGGAUGAUCCAAGGUACUUGGAAGACAAGGUGGUCCAAAGGCGGCGCAUAGAAAAGGACAUUUACGAGAAGUUGGUGAAGCUUGACCGAGCCAAUGUGAGCCCUUCAUGGAAGGAAGAACAGGUGGAGAAGCUUGUUGAUGAAUGGAAGAGAUGGGAGUAG